AUGGAGCUCAUCAUCACGCCCACACAGGCCCUCGUGCCUUUGUCGGUUCUGUUCUUAGUCUACCACGCAAUUCGGGCAUUGUUUUUCGGAAAGCCAGAGUCCAAGCAUUGGGAGGAGCUGCCAGUCGUGGGCCUCCAGAAAGGAUGGUUUGAAUGGGUGUGGGCGACCUUGAAGUCUAUCCGGAAGACCCAGGACUGGGCGUUUGAAGGGUAUCGCAAGUUUGCCAGCGUAAACAGCCCUUUCAUCUUACCUAGCAUCGACAGAGGAGCGAUGAUAAUCCUUCCGCCUCGUCUGAUCAAGAAGGUCUACUCACUGCCAGAGUCCACGCUCGAUAUCCACGCGACGCAGAGUGAGACUAUCCAAACGAAAUGGACAGUCUGGGACAAAGAAGUAGCCGACAAUGACUUCCAGAUCAACGUCGUGCGUCAUCAGAUUACGCGGAAUCUCGAGCAUUUGACGCCGCUGAUGGCCGACGAACUUGACAGAGGCUUCGAGCGUUGGUGGGGAGGGAAAGGCGACACAGAGUGGAAGGAAGUCGCAGUAUGGGAUGCUUGCUUGAAGUUGAUCGCUGGUGCAAGUAACGGCGCCUUUUGCGGCGCGCCGCUGUGCCGUGAUGAACAGUUCUUGAACGACCUUAGAGAUCACGCAAUGAGCAUCUUUGCCGGCGCUAUGCUUAUCAACGCAUCCCCUAAGCCGCUCAAGCCAGUGACUGGCUUUCUUGUAGGAUCGACGUGCUGGUACUUGCGCAGAAAAGCAAUGAAGGGCUGCUUGCCUUUUGUGACAGAGAGAUUGAACGCUACUGCCCGUUUCAAGGCUGACCCGAAGUGCGGGUGGACACCACCGAAAGAUGGUCUCCAAUGGCUUAUCGAUGAGUGCUACGCCGCAGCCGCAAAGGGAGAUGCAGGGCAGUUGGAGCCGAAGCGAGUCGCGCAUCGGCUCUUGUUGGUCAACGAUAUAUCCCUUCAUUCGACCAGCUUCACUGUGCAGAAUGUCAUCCUGGACCUCUUCAGCUCGGAUCCGGCAAUGGGGUAUGUUGAUGCUCUGCGAGAUGAAGCUGCAUCCGUGCUCGCCAAGUCUGGUGGUGUAUGGACGCGCGAUGCGGUGCGGGAUUUGAAGCUCAUCGAUUCAAUGAUCCGUGAAUCAAUGAGACUUAAUCCGUUCGCCAUUGUCGGACUUCCGCGAACAGUCGUUCACCCCGAAGGCAUUCGUCUCCCAGUCUCCAACGUUCAUGUGCCUCAAGGUACCAUGAUCGCGGUUCCAAUGGAGCCAAUCCACUAUGACGAGAGUAUCUAUCCCCAAGCACGCAGCUUCAACGCGUUCCGGUUUGCAGACCCGAACAAUGUGACUAGCAUCGUCGACAACUUUGCAACCAAAGACGACCUUGAGGCUGCUAAAGCGGACACGAACGAGCGGAAGGGCAAGUCGACUGCUACGCUUGACGAUGCUUUCCUCGGGUUCGGGUUCGGCCGACACGCCUGCCCUGGGCGAUUCUUUGCCUUGAACGAGAUGAAGGUCUUCAUUGCGCACAUGCUGUUGAACUAUGACGUUGAGCACAUGGCGGUUAGGCCGAAACCUUUGGAUACUGUGUGGCUAAAACUUCCGUUGCAUGGUGGGAAGAUCCGGGUGCGACGCAGGCCGUCAAGUGUGUAG